GCAGUUGUCGCACGUCAUCACGCAGGCGCGUCCACUCAUUUGUUUUUCUGCUGCGCUGCUUGUGCCCAGAGCAACAUGGCGACCUCCCUGAUCUGUGGCCGGUUGUCCGCUGGACUGAGGAAAACCGGCUCUAGGACGGCUUUAAACUCGGCUGCUAAGGUGCUUGGUGGGACAUCGGGUCUAUUUGGUAACCAUGGAAACCAGCCAUCUCCAUUGUUGUCCGGGCAGCAGCAAAGAAACCUCUCCCUGCAUGAAUACAUGAGCAUCGGGCUCCUGAAAGAGGCGGGCAUCUCUGUGCCCUCGGGUAUGGUGGCCAGCACGCCUGACGAGGCGUACGCUGUUGCCAAGCAGAUUGGUUCUAAAGACCUUGUGGUUAAAGCACAAGUGUUGGCGGGAGGUCGAGGCAAAGGCUCAUUUGAGGGAGGACUUAAGGGCGGAGUCAAGAUUGUUUACUCGCCAGAAGAAGCGAGGGAAAUUUCCUCUAAGAUGAUUGGCAAAAAGCUGUUCACUAAGCAGACAGGAGAGGCAGGGCGCAUCUGUAACCAGGUGUUUAUCUGCGAGCGCAGGUACCCUCGCAGAGAGUAUUAUUUCGCCAUCACCAUGGAGAGGUCAUACCAGGGCCCCGUGCUGAUUGGCAGUUCUCAGGGGGGCGUGAACAUUGAAGAUGUGGCUGCAGAGAAUCCCGAUGCCAUCGUGAAAGAGCCUAUUGAUAUCGUGGAGGGAAUAAAGAUGGAACAAGCCAUUAAGGUGGCGCAAAAGAUGGGCUUCCCUGCCGCACUGGUCAAUGAAGCCGCAGAAAACAUGUUGAAGCUCUAUGAUGUGUUUAUAAAGUACGAUGCAUCUAUGGUGGAGAUCAACCCAAUGGUGGAGGACUCAUCUGGCAUCGUGAUGUGUAUGGACGCUAAAAUCAACUUCGAUUCGAAUGCUGCCUAUAGACAGAAGAAGGUUUUCGACAUGCGGGACUGGUCCCAAGAGGACGUCAGAGACCAGGAGGCAGCCAAAGCGGACCUCAACUACAUCGGCCUGGACGGUACUAUCGGUUGUUUAGUCAAUGGGGCUGGACUCGCCAUGGCAACAAUGGACAUCAUUAAACUGCAUGGUGGCAUUCCUGCCAACUUCCUGGAUGUAGGAGGCGGAGCCACAGCCCAGCAGGUGACAGAGGCCUUUAAACUCAUCACCUCUGAUAAAAAGGUCCAGGCUAUUUUGGUUAACAUAUUUGGGGGUAUCAUGAGGUGCGAUGUCAUCGCACAGGGCAUCAUCAUGGCUGUGACUGACUUGGACUUGAAAAUCCCCAUCGUAGUGCGGUUACAAGGAACACGAGUGGACGAUGCCAAAGCUCUGAUUGCCUCCAGCGCUCUGAAGAUCCUGGCCUGCGACGAUCUGGACGAGGCAGCCAAAAUGGUUGUAAGGCUUUCUGAAAUUGUGUCGCUGGCCAAAGAGGCCCAGGUCGACGUCAAGUUCCAGCUGCCCAUCUAACAGAACAAGCCCACAAUCCACAGCACCAUUUAAACCAUCUUUUAUAAACUGAAUCAAAGCCCACAACCCGAGCUUGUCUGUCUCUGAUCUCCAAUAGAGUUCUCCACAACCCCCCUCCCCAGUCCAGCUUCUGUCAGCUCUCGUGUCUUCCUGUGGGUUCCCCAUUUAGUUUUACCAGUGCUUACUGAAUGUACUAAAUUACUGAACUACCACCUCUAUGCCAUCACUCCCACCCGAGCCUAUCAAAGUGUCCGCUAUCAUUUUGGUCCCACUGAUCGGGUCAGUAUUGCUGCCUACUGUAAACUGUCGUUUAUUUUGUCGAUGUUGUUCGUUCGCUUUAGUGGUGGACGUAUUUAUGCGGGACUGUAUUUAUACUGUUGAAAUGCACAUGGGGAUCUGACUUUUGGAUAUAAAAUGUCUUUGACACACAUAUACACACAUAAGUAUCAAAAGCCCACCUUCUUUAUCUGUCUAACCCCCUCCCUUCCUCUGCUUUCUGUAACUUGGGAGCGUGUGUCGCUGCAGGAUAUGUUCUCUUUGUUCUCCUGAAGAGAAAUGCACCAUUUCCCUUUUAAACAAACGCACAAGCACUCGCAGGGAAUGUGUGUGUUAUUGGUGUUCUCUCGGUGUGAAACUGAGCCACCCGCGCAGCAGAGAAACAAUAAAAAUACUGAAGAGUC